ACAGUUUCAGAAAUCAGAAAAAAAGCAUGAAAGAAAAGAAAAAUUGUACACGUGAUGGUGUGGGAUGCAACGCGGCCCUACUGGCUUGAGUGUGUGUGCUGCAAGGUGUGAGUCACGUCUUCCGCUGCCUGCUGCAAGCGUCUCGGUCACCAGCUGUCAGUUUGCGAUCCAUCAGCAGACACCAGUACAACUAGAGCUGACGCCAGUGUGGGUGCAGCUGUGCAUCGCGACGGCAAGUGAGCGGAGGGAACAGAUGCCUAAAGAAGACACCGAGGACAUUAGACGCCCUUUGCCGGUCACCAAACUGGCGUAUUGUUAGUAGUGGUCUCGAACCUACCCCCACAUGCUGCACGACCGAUCCGCACGCCCCACAGCCCUCCUGUGGUGCAUGUCUGCCCUUGUGAUAGGGGCGGCAGCUCGACUGGCUGCCCUCUCAGAACUUGCAGCGACUGUUGACAAAGCAGCUCAUGAUGAGAAAGAAACGAUUUUGGCAAGAGACUCGAGACUCCCACCGGACAGCCAGCAGGUGACACAGCCAUCUGCAACCCAAGGCGUUCCAGCUUUACUACAGCUCUUGUCGGUGCUCUGUCAGCCGUGCCGUACUGGUCCCUUGCUUUCGUCCUUCAUGCACGAAAAAAAUCACUUAGAAGUAAAACAUCACAGAAGAGUGAAGAGAUUCAAGGAAACAAAUACCUCACUCCUCCACAGCAACAAACAAGCACAGUUAUCCGCCAAUGAGCCAUCCCCAUCCACAGGUUCCUCCUCUCUGUGGUUGCAUCCUUCACAGAACAGAUCCUUGGUUUCGGUAGGAAAGGUGACGGAUAACCGUCUCCUUUCUAUGAGACCUAAGAAGGGACAAGACCGUACUUGGAACCACUCUCCUACAAGGAGGAUCGUUACCCUUAGGCCAGGGUGGUUCCUCAUCAACCCGUGGAAUCCAAACAGCCUUCGGUCAGUCUUUCGUCACGCUCUCGCAUCGUUUCUAGAGGAGAGCAGUGCAGCCAACGACUUCAGCCAAAAUUCCCCACAAGAUCAAAACUUUGAGUGGGUCAGUAAUCAACAGUCCACCCAAAGCUCUGCUCCUCCUCAAGAUUUUCAGGGAUUUCCAAAGAAGCAGCGUCAGCAAAUGUAUGCCACAGGGAGAAAUCAACGUUCAACAGAUACUUCAGUUAUUCAAAGACUCCUUAGCCUGAUACAGACUUAUGGCAAGGAUGAUGAAUUGAUGGAAUCCUCCUUUUUUAGGACAGGUUCUAUAGAAACCUUUCCUCAACCUUCCCCUUCAAAUUUUGAUAUCCACUCCGAGGCGCACACACAAACUCAAGAACAGGAACCAUUUGAAAUUCCUAGUAACCUUCUUAAUGUUUUGGACUUGUACUACGAUGCGAACCUUCAUGACAGUGGGAACAUAGAUGAAUCUAUAAGCGGCGCUCUGGCUCCAGCUCCAUCCUUGGAAGUGCCGCCCUACCCUAACAGUCAACCCUUCAUUCCUGCCUACCACCAAGUCUUUCCGCCCAGUCCCCCAAAUGUGGUGCAGGACAGCUUAGCGCCAGCUUCUCAAUCGCCGUCAUUUAGUUCUAUUUCUUUGAUUUCUUCGGUGGUCUCCAACCCCACGAGCUGCUUCGAGGACACGCUCUGCACCAUAGGAAUUGCUUUUGUCUUGGCUGUCGGCGCCUCCACCUUGAUCCUGCUCCCUUUCUCCCAAGGUCGCCGGAGAAGAAGCCUUGAUGAUAAAGCGCACAACAGUGAAGACAUGAUGGAACCCUUGGUCAGCCGCCUCCUACAGCUAGAACAGUGCCUCUUUGUGCCGACCUUCUCCCGUCCGUCGCCCAAAGACGAUCCCCAGCGCGCCAGUCACCAAAAGACAAAAAGACUACCUAUUAUGUGCAUUACAAACUCGGGGAAAAUUUUCUUUUCAUCUUAUUACAUGAAUUCACUGAGAGAGACGCAGUAUGAACCUAAGCAACAUGGAUAUUGAAUCGUGAUGCUGUGAAAUGAAUAAUUAAAUACAUAUAAGUGAACAAAUUAGAAUUAAAGUUUGCCUGUAAAACUGACGAAAAUUAAUAGGUUACCACACAGAUUCUGUGUGUGGUUCUUUCCAUUACAAGUGUGUCUAUGUGUUGUGCAAAAGGCGAUAAGAACAAAGACUGUGAACCAUUAUAUUUGUAAACCAUUUACAGAUACGUAAUAUUCUAAGCUGUAGCUCUGAUAGAGACCAAGGAAGAGCAAAUGUAGUUGUUAUGAGAUAUUUUGUAAACCUGCUAUGCCUGAUUAUUAUUCUUCUAUAUAGACGUCUGAGUGUUCCAUGUGGCUUUAUAAAGUAAUUUUUUUUUUAAACUUUCCAAAAAAUAAUAUUAUAAAUGGUAGCAUAUUAUAAAUUAAAGUUAACCACUCAUAUUUUAAGAUAAGAUAUUGCGGAAGUGAAUUUCCGGUUACAGCGCUUAGUAAUAAUGAUGCCACUAUAUGUAGAUGUAAGUAAAGGUGAUCUCAAAGAGUAUUAAACACCUAAACGACCUGCUGGUGUCAUAUAACUGGUGAAUUGCUGGUUCAUCCCUUAGAAAGCAAUACCAGUAUAUUGUGAGUACUGGGCAAAAGACCGUAUGAACAUCAUGUUUAGGUUGAAAAUUUUCAUAUUAAUUAUGUAUGUCAUCUAUAUAAUCCAUAAACUCCCAUAAAAUAAUGUAGUGGCAGAGCAAGCAGCAAUGACAGCAGCAGCUUUUGGUCGGAGUGAAAGCGAAUUUUCGGUUGCAGAGCUUAAGAAUGAUUAUAUCACUAGUUGUACGUAUGUAAAGCUGAUCUCUGAUCUAAAAAAAAAAAAAAAAAAAAAAAAAAAAA